AUGUCUUCCAACCUGGAAUCGGCGAAGGACAUGUUUAUUUUCUUAGGAAAGACGCUGUUUAGUAUCCUGGAGGCCCUACUUUUCCAACUGAUCUCAAAGCCCAAGAAGAACGUUGCAGGUGAAAUAGUCCUCAUAACAGGUGCUGGAAGUGGACUUGGAAGGCUCUUAGCCCUACAGUUUGCCCGCCUGGGAGCUGUGCUCGUUCUCUGGGAUGUGAAUAAGGAGGCAAAUGAGGAGAGCCUACAGGCAGUUCGGGAAGCAGGAGCCACCAGAGCGCAUGCCUACACCUGUGACUGCAGCCAAAGGGAAGAAGUGUACAGAGUGGCCGACCAGGUUAAAAAAGAAGUCGGUGACGUCGCUAUCCUCAUCAACAAUGCUGGCAUCGUAACAGGCAAGAAGUUCCUCGACUGUCCCGAUGACCUCAUGGAAAAGUCACUUGAUGUCAAUUUCAAGGCACAUUUAUGGACAUAUAAAGCCUUCCUGCCUACCAUGGUUGCUAACAACCAUGGCCAUUUGGUUUGCAUUUCAAGUUCGGCUGGACUAGUUGGAGUCAAUGGGCUGGCAGACUAUUGUGCAAGUAAAUUCGCAGCCUUUGGAUUCGCUGAAUCUAUGUUUCUGGAAACAUCUGCCCAAAAACAAAAUGGGAUCAAAACUACAAUUGUGUGCCCAUUCUUUAUAAAAACUGGAAUGUUUGAAGGUUGCACAACUAACUGUCCUACUCUGCUACCAAUUCUGGAGCCGGAAUAUGCAGUCAGAAAAAUAGUGGAAGCUAUUCUGCAGGAGAAGCUGUACCUGUAUAUGCCAAAGUUUUUAUACUUCAUAAUGUUCUUAAAAAGCUUCUUGCCUGUCAAGACAGGAAUGCUGAUAGCUGACUAUCUGGGAGUCUUCCAUGUGAUGGAUGGCUUCACUGGCCCAAAGAAGAAAGCUUAA